ACAACAGAGACAUUGAAAUAAUAUUUGUGAUACUCUGGCUUCUAAGUAAUUUUGAGCUCUGCUUUCACUUCUGUUAGCAUCUCUUUAUGUCACUUCAUUUCCUAGGACUAUUUCACCAUUUCAGACAUGUAAACAAAAAAUACUUUUUAACAGAUGGGAGCAGAGACCUUCUGAAGUACAAAUGCAUUGGACAAGUACAAGGGUUUAGCAUUGGUUCAGAGGGCUGAAGCUCCCACCCUUUCAUGCCCCUGAUGUGUUUUACCCUGGUGUUUUGUGUUGUUUCAGGUACACUUGUUACACCACCCCACUCAACCAUAAGACCUGGCUUCCCUGUCCCAGUGAACACCAACAGCCCCGAGGUCCGCAAGGCCGCUCGCUUUGGGGUCUACAGGUACAACAACAGCUCCAAUGACCUCUUCCUGUUUAAGGAAUCACAGAUAAAGAAAGCCAUGGUACAGAUAGUCAGAGGGCUGAAGUACAUGCUUCACGUGGAAAUCAGGGAUCACCCCAGCCUGGACAGCUGUCACUUCCAGGGGGAAAAAAAGCCUACAACAGAUGCUGAGAUGCUAUUUUGAGGUCUGGAUAACACCCUGGACACACAAAGUGCAUAUCCCUGUUGCCCAAUGUCACCAAGACCUUUCCCCAUGAGAGCCUGACUUACAGAGGACCUCCCACCAUGAGUUUUUCCUUGCCUGGACUGCCUAGGUCAAUACUGAAGUGGGGAACAGCUGUCCAGAACUGCACAGAGCUUUUUUCUCAAACCACAUGGUUGUUUUCUUCCUUGAGAAAGAAACUCAAAAGACAAGGCCUGCCUUGACUGAAUGUCUUGCUAUCCAGUUGUGUAUCUGUUUUUCCAAAACUAAACUGCACAUGAA